GAGCAGGGAAGAAGAAUAACUCCCGCAGCAGAAGGAACGAACAGGUGUGGUGUUUAAAUCGUGUCUCUCUGAAAGCUAGGAGCUGCUGACGAGGUCUCUCCCCACCCCUCCCCCAGCCCUACAAACACCACGCUCGCACAUCACGCAUCACCAGCGGCAGCCACAGCAACACCAGCGAUCACCUGCAGUCAAAGCCCAGAUACGAGAGCAAAAGCAUUUCACAUACAUCACGCACGGGGUGCCUACACACCCCAUACAAAUAUCACACUGCCCUGAAAGACCCCCCUCCCCCUCCAAAAAAGAAAAAAGAUAACAGGAGCAACUAAAGUUCACGUUUGACAUCUUUUACUAGCAUUACAUGCAUGUUUUAGGGAAGAGGGAAUUCUCACUCUACGAGCACACGCACACACACACACAGGAAUUAUUAGAACUAUAGAAGUCUCAUCACAUACAUAAAUACACUUUGUUGUUGUUUUUUCAAGUGGAGAUCCCGGACGUUUCUUCGGGAUACGCGAGCGAGAGGGAGACAUCUCAUCGUCGCGCACAGCCGUUUUGCAGCUCGCAUGCAUCGCUUGAUCAUAAUCAGCACAAAUCUGUCUAAUACUGUUAGUAUUAUCAUUGUUGUUAUUCUCUUGUGGUGCUCAGAAGCAGCAACAAUAAAUACCAUAGGAAAGAAAUGUAUCGCGUUGUCGGUGUUCGCCAGGCAGCCACGGUGGGCACGACGGUCCGUUGUGCCUCCGCGUCCGCGCUGGCAUCUUUCUCUUCCUCGUCAGCAUUCUUCACAUCACCAGAUGCGAACUUGCGCUCCCCCACGUUGAAUGGCGGGCGUGGGUCCUGUUCCUCACUGUCCUUGUGGGCCUUGCACACCCCCGCAUGCUUUUAUCGCACAUCUUCUAUCGUCUUUGCGUCUACGGUCAACAACAACAACAGCGGCGGUAAUAGCGGCGAAACGGCUACUCCAAAGCGUCGCCGCAUUGCGAGGGCCCAACGUGGCCGGCAACCGACAACAAGCGCGAGUCGUGAGGACGCCACAGCUGCUGCUGCUGCGACGACUGCUGCAGCUCGUGCCUCACCCAGCGCCUCCACCGUAGCGUCCGGCGGCGCAACGCGGAAGAAGAAGACGCGCUCGUCGCGGUCGCCGUCGGCGGUGGCGGCGCUGCGCACCUACAUUAACAACGACAAGCACAGUAGUAGCGGCAGCAGCGCAAGAGCACCAACAGCAAGGAUGAUGACGGCAUCCCAAGCAUCACCCCGGCCCACCACGCGCUCGCAUGCGAAAGGGUCUCCCUACGCCGCUUCUUCUCCCCUUUCCUCCUCCUCCGCAGCGUACACCAAUGACGACGAUGCGGCGGCGGCGGCAGCGAUCGAUGAGGCCGGUUACAGCGAUGUGCGCGGCGAACAGGACGUGGCCACACGAGAUUACCACUACAUGAACAGCGUGGAGCAGCACGAGAUGGACAGCGAGACAGCGCCCGAGCAGGCCGCGACGGCCGAGGCGGACGACGUGGUGAGUCCAUCGCUGCUUCACGAAGAAGACGUGGCGACAGAUCUGGAAGACGAAGUCCUAAACGUGCCGUCGUCCGCGGAGCACGAAGAGGGAGGAGGCGACGGCGUGAAGCGUGCGGAGGAGGGGGAGAAUGAUCUUGGAGAAGCGGAGGAGGUGGAGCUUGCCGCGGAGCUGCGUGAGGUGUCGGAUGACACAGCAGACGAAGGCGCCACCUCCUCUUCAUCCGUCAACGCCACCGCUGCUGCUGACGACGAGGCGGGGGCGUCGAGUGCAAAUGCUGCCGGCGCCUCCUCGUCUGCGUUCUCGGCGACACAGCCGUCGACGGCCUCCGGCUCCAGCGCCACCGGCAUGCCGCGCAUCGGCUCGCUGCUGGACUUCGAAAGCCCCUUGAACCUUCGCCUCGCCACCCUCACGCGUCACCACGGCAAGGCGUUUCGUGCGAUUGCGGUGUACAUGCCCGAGACGCGCGCCACCAUCAACUUCGACAUCACCUUCGAGGACAUCGCGAGUGGGGCGCGGCUGGUCUGCAAGCUUUCCGAGGUGAAGUCCCGCUACUUCGAGUGGAUUAGUCUCUUCCGGGCCUCCUACGUGGCGCUCUUCGUGCCGACCUUGCAGUCCCCCAACGCAACGCUGCUGCAGAACGCGAUUGGUAGCGCGCGCCCAGCACGUCCGCCGCCGCCGCCCGGCAGCUACCACCCCCGCCUGAACGAGGACGCUGACCACCUCUUCUUCUCCUACACCAAACUGCGCGAGGUGAUCUCGCACAAGAAGAAGGACACGGCAGUCAGCCCACAGCUGCUGACGGUGACGGUACUGAACGCCUACGCCGAGGAGUGGAAGAACUUCAUUGCCACACCGCUCGCGUGCGCACCGCAGGCCUUCCUGCUCGCCGCCUUUAACUUCCAGGGACAGGCGCGCGACAACAGCGUCGGUGCGAUGCUGAACAAAGAGCUGCUGCAGGCGCAGUUGGGCGCGGCGGCCGACGCGAUCGUGCACUACUCCUGUGCGAGUGGGUCGCAGAGCGCACGGCGGCGCACCGGUGCCGCCGGCUCCUCAACGAGCGCGGCGUCCACCGGUUUUUUCCGCGGAGACAGCGAUCGGUGGAGUCUGAUCUUUGUCUCCGCCCCGGCGCGCACGGCGGCCGGCACGGCGGCGAUCCCGCCCAUGCAGGACCUCCUCACCGGCCAGUUCGUGGAGCCGCUGACCUUGUCGGAGCGCAAUGUGAUUUACAUCAUCGGCACGGGGGCCGCGGCGGAGUCCUUCGGCCGCUUUCCACUCGCCCGCAAAGGCCGCUGCGCCUUCUCCAUUCUCCUGCAGGACGUGGAGUCGCAGCUGGGCCUGCAGCGCCCGCACCGAUCGAACGUGACGGCGAUGCUGACGCAGGCCCUUGACAGCUUCUCGCGCAUUACGUGGAUGGGGCUCAUGAAAGAGGAGACAGGCGAGCCCCGCACCGCGCAUCCGAGCACCGCCUUCUACCAGCUGCAGCGGCGCAGCGUGCAGCGGGAGAUCAUACCGAGCUUCCUCGAGCCGGUCUUCGCGCCGGGGCAGCGGUACAUGAGUCAGCGCGGCGCGGCAGGCGGCGGUACGGUCGACGCGAUGGGCCGACCCAUGCACGGCAGCUCUGGCGGCGGCGGUGGUGGCGGUGCUCGCGGUGCGGGUAGUGGCCAUCGUGACGCCUCCGUCUCUGCGCAGGCAAGCAAACUUGUGGAUCAGCACAUGCAGGUGAUCUUCAACAACACGGAGCGGCUGGCUCGUGAGACGGCGCUGCGUGAUGAGAUGCGGGGCCGCGUAGCGUACUUCAUGCACGUCACGACCGCCAGCGUGACGGCGGCGCGGCGCGCAGACAAUCCCUUUUCCGCGCGCAACGGGAUGGUGGAUGUGCUGGGUCAGUUGUGGUCCUCGCUCACCUUGAUGAACCCGCCGCCGGUGCUUCACCUGUCCGCCAAGGUGCAGGAGAAGACGGGGGAGAUGCGGGAGUUUGUGGACCCGGAGUCGGUGCUGCCGGACUCGCUGCCCCUCGGGCCACCCGAUGCGCCAAACCCGAAAGAUCGCGCGGAGAACGCCGUGCUUAUCGGCUGGGACAUCAAACGAAUUUUGCUCUUUCUGCGGCGCAGUGUGAAGCUGCGCAAGUUUCUGUACAACGGGGGCCGGAUCUGGUGUGCGCAGUACGCCCAGUACCUCCUGAAGGGCUUCAAUCACCUGCACCUCUCCACGAUGGAGCGCACCGUACUGCAGUUUCACGACGGCCCCUUGCAAGGAUCGAUGCAGCCGCUGGCGAAGCUGAAGCUCAUCUACGAAACCCAGCUCGACGUCGCCGUCGGCACGCGGCAGGUGUCAUCGCUGCUGCAUCGCAUGGAUGGCCUGUUGGCCUCGAUGGAGAUGGAGCUGCAGGGGCUGCAGAUCGUGCCGCAGUCACAGGUCACCUACUUCGCCAACACGCUGCGUCUCGACCACGAGCGGUUGGAGAAGCUGCUGCAGGCGAAGAUUAUGGACUUCACGCAGUCCAUGGACGACGACGUCCGUCAGCGCAUCAACUUCCGCUCCCCGCAGGAUAUCAGCACAAUCAUCUACGGCGGCGGGCUGUGCCGUCACCUGGGCUCCCGCUUUAUCCCGAUGAAGCCGACAAAGUCGCCCUCAACGAGUCUCUUCCCGCACGCCGUGUGCCACGUGACCGGGACGUCGGUGCCGGAGCAGUACACGCAGGCAGAGGCGCUGCUGAGCGGCGGUGGCGGCAACAAUGGGGCAAGCGAUGGGCUGACCGGCAACGCAAUCACGUUGCGUGAUGUGCGCAGCAGCCUCGAGGUGAUUGGACAGCUCUGCAAGCGCUGCUCGCUCGACGCGUUGGUGCAGCAGACGGUCGUCGUGGUGGUCAUCACGAAGGUGAAGAUGGGCGGCCUGCUGGAACAGAUCUCCGUGUACUGCCCGAGCGCGGCCGGACCGAAUGCGCGGGAGUUGACGCUGCGCAUCGCCAUCGACGACGUCGUACCCGUGAUGGAGAAGCCCGACGUGGUGACGGUGGCGCAGUUAAAGGAGCGGAUUGCGAACUACGAACCGCUGAAGAAUCUGCUGCCUCGUGCGCCGGCCGCGUCGUCGAAGAACGGCGGUCACGCGCGCCGGUCGGCCGGGAAGCGCGGCGGCGGCGACGCCCCACCCGAUCUGCGCAACGUGUUGGUCUUCACCAACAGCAGCUACGACAAGCUGGAACCGCUCGUCGACACGGGGGUGUUGGCCACCAUCAAGAAGACCAUCUUUGGCGCGGAGGCGGUACAGAGUACGAAUACUGGCAAGCACGGUGGUGUCGUGGCGCAGCUGCCUGGGGAACCGGCGUCACUCGAGCGUAUCUGCUUCGCGGACCUCGACAAGGCCUUUCCCCCGCCCCCGCAAGGCGCGGACUCCUUCGAGUCGGACUUCUCGGAGCUGUCCUCCUCCAACUCCAUGCCGUUUUCCGCCAAGCGACACUGGGACGCCCACGCUAAGGAACUCGUGUCGCUGGGUGGGGUGGAGGGCGCGCUGAAAAGUGUCGUGUCGCAGUGCGCCUCCGUCAUUGGCACGCCGCGCGACGCCUUCCGCAACGCCCACCCGCUGCCCUCGAGUGCGUUGCAAGGCCUGCACGGACAGGAGCAGGCGUCGACGUCUGGCAUGUUGUGGAUGGUCACGCCGGAGAAGCUGCACCCGCUGCUGCGACACUUCCUGCGCGGCAAGGCCGCCUCCUCCGGCGCGGACGCGAUGGAGCGGGUGACCGUGCUCUUGUCGCCGUACAAAGACAUCGAUCUCUCCUUCUUCUCCGCGCUGCAGCAGCUGCGCUUUACGGAGAAGAAGAUGCAGCUCUUUGAAGAGGGAUGUCUCUUCCGCGCGGUGCUGCCCGAGUGCCAUGACCGCGUGCACGGUGAGCUGUGCCACUGCGUCACCGCCACGGGUCGUCUCUCGUCGCAGUCGCCCAACCUGCAGAACAUCCCGAAAGAGGAGGACCUGCGCCGGUUGAUCGUCUCGCGCUUCGGGGCGCAGGGGAUGAUGAUCGAGGCGGACUACAGCCAGCUGGAGGUGGUCGUGCUCGCCGCGCUCAGCCGCGACCCGCGCAUGAUGCAGGAGCUGCGCGAAAACGUUGACUUCCACUGCCUGCGGGUGUCCCUCAUGACGAAGGAGCCCUACGAGGACAUCGUGCGGAAAGCGAAGGUGGACAAGGACCCUCAGUACAUCCAGCUGCGUCAGCAGGCGAAAGUCUUUUCCUUCCAGCGGCAGUACGGUGCGGGGGUGGCGACCAUUGCGACGACGACGGGCCUGACGGAGCAAGAGGUGGAGCGGCUGAUCGUGGCGGAGGAGCACCACUACAAGGAGCUGAGUCGGUACUACCAGCUAGUGGCGAGCUGCGUGGCGGCCGGCGCGGAUCGCCUGCUGCGCCUCCGCACGCUGGACACCGCGCUGUGGAACGCAAACCUGCGCCGGGUUGUCAUGCUAACGGAGCCGACGAGCUACUUCGUGGUGCAGACGGGCAGCAAGUUUGACUUCGCGAAGGACCGGCGGAGCGGUCCGCGGCUGAAGAACUACCCGGUCCAGGGCCUCGCGGGGGAGAUAGUGCAGAUUAUGUGCGGGGAGGUGGUACGGGCCUUCUACAAGAACCGCAACUAUGGCGAGAAGGCGUUCCUUGUGAACACGGUGCACGACUGUGUGUGGGUCGACGCGCACAAGUCGGUGGCGGAGGAGGUGCAGGCAGAUCUGAAGCGAAUCAUGGGCCACACGCAGGAGACGAUCGCCGCGCUGUGGCCGGAUAUGAAGCUGGACGUGCCUUUCAAGGCGGAGAUUCAUUCCGGGCCGUCGCUGGGUGAGCUGUCUGCCUAA